GGUGGAACUGCCAUGCGCAUCCUGGGCGGGGUCAUUAGCGCCAUCAGCGAGGCAGCUGCGCAGUACAACCCAGAGCCCCCGCCCCCACGCACUCAUUAUUCCAAUAUCGAGGCCAAUGAGAGUGAGGAGGUCCGGCAGUUCCGGAGGCUCUUUACCCAGCUGGCUGGAGAUGACAUGGAGGUCAGCGCCACAGAACUCAUGAACAUUCUCAACAAGGUCGUGACCCGGCACCCUGACCUGAAGACUGAUGGUUUUGGCAUUGACACAUGUCGCAGCAUGGUGGCUGUGAUGGAUAGUGACACCACAGGCAAGCUGGGUUUCGAGGAAUUCAAGUAUUUGUGGAACAACAUCAAAAAGUGGCAGGCCAUAUACAAACAGUUUGACGUUGACUGUUCAGGGACCAUUGGUAGUAGUGAACUUCCAGGGGCCUUUGAGGCAGCAGGGUUCCAUCUAAAUGAGCAUCUCUACAACAUGAUCAUCCGACGCUACGCAGAUGAGGAAGGGAACAUGGAUUUUGACAACUUCAUCAGCUGCCUGGUCAGGCUGGAUGCCAUGUUCCGUGCCUUCAAAUCUCUUGAUAGAGAUGGCACUGGACAAAUUCAGGUGAACAUCCAGGAGUGGCUGCAGCUGACUAUGUACUCCUGAAUGGGAACACCAGACCUCUCCCCUCAUCACCUUGCUGUAGGAGUCACCUUGGGCUCUUUGGUCACUCCCAGGGCCAAUCCUGUCUGCAGUCAUGUCUUCAUGGGUCCUGUUGAUUCAUCAGCCUUUCUGUUCUUCCAAUCAUUGACACCUAGCUUCUCAGUCAACAGCCAGGGCCCAACAUGUCCUAAUAUGUCAUGCCCCAAGUUACCCCUAGCUCUAAGACACUCUAACACACCCUUGCCCCAUGGGUCACCCCACCCUCCGGCACACCCAUCUCACACCCUCUCGAUAACCCUUCUAAUGCAUCUGUGCCAAGCCCAACACUCACCUUGCUUCCAAUCCCCAAGGGCCAUUCUCUAAGUUCUGGGAGGAUCACUCUGGUCCCUAUGCACCCUGGCACACCUGUUCACAGUUAACACCCAGGCAGCCAAACUCCUGGCUAUAACAGGCCCACACACCCCAGUGCCUUUGUAUUCUGCUCCCAGGAGGAAAUAAAUGCACCCCAGUUGCUGCUGUCUCUGA